UGCAGUCUAAAGCUGUGGCGGAGUGAUCCUCAAAUUCCCCAGUGCUGGUGGGGAGGAGGCGGUGUGGGAGAAGAGAGGGAGGAAAGUAGAUCUGUGGGACUUGAGUGAGGAAAAAGUUUGCAAGUCUGGACAGAAGGGAAAAGUGCUUCCGAGAGACCGGCUUUGGGGAGGGGAGGGGGGAGGGAAGAAUAGCUGCUGCUUUUUUUUUUUUUUUCCUCCACUCUUAAAAAGCUUGUUUCUGCUCACCCAAACCGACCGGCACAAUUGGGACACCCUCGCUGUCCCUCACCGGCUCUAGGUCUCUCCCAAUAAACCCUCAAGAUUAUGUCAAUUGGUCAGAGCCAGCCAGGGAUUUCGUGCGGGUGCUGAAGGAGCUGCGGGAGCCGGAGAAGAAUGAAACUGCGUGGAGUCAGCCUGGCUGCCGGCUUGCUCUUACUGGCCUUGAGUCUUUGGGGGCAGCCUGCAGAGGCUGUGGCUUGCUAUGGAUGUUCUCCAGGAUCAAAGUGUGACUGUAGUGGUAUAAAAGGAGAAAAGGGGGAGAGAGGAUUUCCAGGUUUGGAAGGCCAUCCAGGUUUGCCUGGAUUUCCAGGUCCAGAAGGGCCUCCGGGGCCUCGGGGACAAAAGGGUGGUGAUGGAAUUCCAGGGCCACCAGGACCAAAAGGGAUCAGAGGUCCUCCUGGACUUCCUGGAUUUCCAGGGACACCAGGUCUUCCUGGAAUGCCAGGCCAUGAUGGGGCCCCAGGACCUCAAGGUAUCCCCGGAUGCAAUGGAACAAAGGGAGAACGUGGAUUUCCAGGCAGUCCCGGCUUUCCUGGUCUGCAGGGUCCUCCAGGACCUCCUGGGAUCCCAGGUAUGAAGGGAGAACCAGGUAGUAUAAUUAUGUCAUCACUGCCAGGACCAAAGGGUAGUCCAGGAUAUCCCGGUCCUCCUGGAAUACAAGGCCCAGCUGGUCCCACUGGGAUACCAGGGCCAAUUGGUCCCCCAGGACCACCAGGUUUGAUGGGUCCUCCUGGUCCACCAGGACUUCCAGGACCAAAGGGGAAUAUGGGCUUAAAUUUCCAGGGACCCAAGGGUGAAAAGGGUGAGCAAGGUCUUCAGGGCCCCCCUGGGCCACCUGGGCAGAUCAGUGAACAGAAAAGACCAAUUGAUGUAGAGUUUCAGAAAGGAGAUCAAGGUCUUCCUGGUGACCGAGGGCCUCCUGGACCUCCAGGGAUACGCGGUCCUCCAGGUCCUCCAGGUGGCGUGAAAGGUGAGAAGGGUGAGCAAGGAGAGCCUGGCAAAAGAGGUAAACCAGGCAAAGAUGGAGAGAAUGGCCAACCAGGAAUUCCAGGUUUGCCUGGUGAUCCUGGUUACCCUGGUGAAGCAGGAAGGGAUGGAGAAAAGGGCCAGAAAGGUGACAUUGGACCAACUGGGCUUCCUGGACGUGUAAUUCCCAGGCCUGGGACUGGUGUAACUGUAGGAGAAAAAGGAAACAUUGGGUUACCUGGUUUGCCUGGAGAAAAAGGAGAACGAGGAUUUCCUGGAAUACAGGGUCCACCUGGUCUUCCUGGACCUCCAGGGACUGCAGUUAUAGGUCCUCCUGGCCCCCCUGGCUUUCCUGGAGAAAGGGGCCAGAAAGGUGAUGAAGGUCCACCUGGAAUUUCCAUUCCUGGAUCUCCUGGACUUGAUGGACAGCCUGGGGCUACUGGCCUUCCAGGGCCUCCUGGCCCUCCUGGCCCUCACAUCCCUCCUAGUGAUGAGAUAUGUGAAGCAGGCCCUCCAGGCCCUCCAGGAUCUCCAGGUGAUAGAGGACUCCAAGGAGAACAAGGAGUGAAAGGUGACAAAGGUGACACCUGCUUCAACUGUAUUGGAACUGGUAUUUCAGGGCCUCCUGGUCAGCCUGGUUUGCCAGGUCUUCCAGGUCCUCCAGGAUCUCUUGGUUUCCCUGGACAGAAGGGUGAAAAAGGACAUGCUGGUGCAACUGGUCCCAAAGGAUUAACAGGCAUACCAGGAGCUCCAGGUGCUCCAGGCUUUCCUGGAUCUAAAGGUGAACCUGGUGACAUCCUCACUUUUCCAGGAAUGAAGGGUGACAAAGGAGACUUGGGUUCCCCUGGAGCUCCGGGGCUUCCUGGUUUACCCGGCACCCCUGGACAGGAUGGAUUGCCAGGGCUUCCUGGCCCCAAAGGCGAACCUGGUGGAAUUGCUUUUAAGGGUGAAAGAGGUCCCCCUGGGAACCCAGGUUUGCCAGGUCUCCCAGGGAAUAGGGGGCCUAUGGGCCCUCCUGGUUUUGGCCCUCCAGGCCCAGUAGGUGAAAAAGGCAUACAAGGUGUGGCAGGAAAUCCAGGCCAGCCAGGAUUACCAGGUCGUAAAGGUGAUCCAGGUCAGACCAUAACCCAGCCGGGGAAGCCUGGUCUGCCUGGGUUACCAGGCAGAGAUGGUGAAGUAGGUCUUCCAGGUGACCCUGGGCUCCCAGGCCAGCCAGGCUUGCCAGGAAUACCCGGUAGCAAAGGGGAACCAGGUAUCCCUGGAGUUGGGCUUCCUGGACCACCUGGUCCCAAAGGUUUUCCUGGAAUUCCAGGACCUCCAGGAGCACCUGGGGCACCUGGAAGAAUUGGUCUAGAAGGUCCUUCUGGGCCACCAGGCUUUCCAGGACCAAAGGGGGAGCCAGGAUUUGGGCUACCUGGGCCACCUGGACCUCCAGGACUCCCAGGUUUCAGAGGAACACUUGGUCCAAAAGGGGAUCGUGGUUUCCCAGGACCUCCAGGUCCUCCAGGACGCGCUGGCUUGGAUGGGCUACCUGGACCAAAAGGUGACGUUGGACCAAAUGGACAACCUGGGCCAAUGGGACCUCCUGGGCUACCAGGAAUAGGUGUUCAGGGACCACCAGGGCCACCAGGAAUUCCUGGACCAAUAGGUCAACCUGGUCUAUCAGGCUUGCUUGGCAUACCAGGAGAGAAGGGGGAUCCAGGGCCUCCUGGGUUUGAUGUUCCAGGACCCCCUGGUGAGAGAGGCAGUCCAGGAAUCCCUGGACCACCUGGUCCUAUGGGACCCCCAGGAUCACCAGGGCUCCCAGGAAAAGCAGGUGCCUCUGGCUUUCCAGGUGCCAAAGGUGAAAUGGGUAUGAUGGGACCUCCAGGCCCACCAGGACCUUUGGGAAUUCCUGGCAGGAGUGGUGUUCCUGGUCUCAAAGGUGAUGAUGGUUUGCAGGGUCAGCCAGGACCUCCUGGCCCUGCAGGAGAAAAAGGUGGUAAAGGAGAGCCUGGCCUUCCAGGCCCUCCUGGACCAAUGGAUCCAGAUCUGCUGGGCUCAAAAGGAGAGAAGGGGGACCCUGGAUUACCAGGUAUUCCUGGAGUUUCAGGGCCAAAAGGUUACCAGGGUUUGCCUGGAGACCCAGGGCAACCUGGACUGAGUGGACAACCUGGAUUACCAGGACCAUCAGGUCCCAAGGGUAACCCUGGUCUCCCUGGGAAGCCAGGACUUACAGGACCUCCUGGACUUAAAGGAAACAUAGGUGAUAUGGGUUUUCCAGGCCCUCAGGGUGUGAAAGGGUCUCCUGGAUCUCCUGGAGUUCCUGGACAACCUGGCUCCCCAGGAUUACCUGGACAGAAAGGAGAAAAAGGUGAUCCUGGUGUUUCGGGUAUUGGUCUUCCUGGUCUUCCUGGCCCAAAGGGUGAACCUGGUCUUCCUGGAUACCCAGGCAACCCUGGUAUCAAAGGUUCUCUGGGAGAUACUGGUUUGCCCGGAUUACCAGGGACUCCUGGAGCAAAAGGACAACCAGGUCUUCCUGGAUUCCCUGGAACCCCAGGCCUUCCUGGACCAAAAGGUAUUAAUGGUCCUCCUGGGAACCCUGGCCUUCCGGGAGAACCCGGUCCUAUAGGUGGUGGAGGUCGUCCGGGGCCACCAGGGCCUCCAGGUGAAAAAGGCAAACCAGGUCAAGAUGGUAUUCCUGGACCAGCUGGACAGAAGGGUGAACCAGGUCAACCAGGCUUUGGAAUCCCAGGACCCCCUGGACUCCCAGGACUUUCUGGGCAAAAGGGUGAUGAAGGAUUCCCUGGCAUUCCAGGAACCCCUGGCCUUCCAGGUCCAAAGGGCGAACCAGGCUUUCAGGGUUUCCCUGGUGUUCAGGGUCCCCCAGGCCCUCCUGGUUCUCCAGGUCCAGCUCUGGAAGGCCCUAAAGGCAACCCUGGGCCCCAAGGUCCUCCUGGAAGACCAGGUCCUACAGGUUUUCAAGGUCUACCAGGUCCGGAAGGUCCCCGGGGUCUCCCUGGAAAUGGAGGUAUUAAAGGAGAGAGAGGAAACCCAGGCCAACCUGGACAACCUGGUUUGCCUGGUUUGAAAGGAGAUCAAGGACCACCAGGACCCCAGGGUAAUCCUGGCCGGCCAGGUCUCAAUGGAAUGAAAGGAGAUCCUGGUCUCCCUGGUGUUCCAGGAUUUCCAGGCAUGAAAGGACCCAGUGGAAUACCUGGUUCAACUGGCCCUGAGGGGGAUCCAGGACUUAUUGGCCCCCCAGGUCCCCCUGGAUUACCUGGUCCUUCAGGACAGAGUAUUAUAAUCAAAGGAGACGCUGGUCCGCCAGGGGUCCCAGGCCAGCCUGGAUUAAAAGGUCUAUCAGGACUACCAGGACCUCAAGGCUUACCAGGUCCGAUUGGCCCUCCAGGAGAUCCUGGACGCAAUGGACUCCCUGGCUUUGAUGGUGCAGGAGGGCGCAAAGGAGACCCAGGUCUGCCAGGACAGCCAGGUACCCGUGGCUUGGAUGGUCCCCCCGGGCCAGAUGGAUUGCAAGGUCCCCCAGGUCCUCCUGGAAGCUCCUCUGUUGCCCAUGGAUUCCUCAUCACACGUCACAGCCAGACAACAGAUGCACCACAAUGCCCGCAGGGUACUGCCCAGAUUUAUGAAGGCUUUUCUCUCCUGUAUGUACAAGGAAAUAAAAGAGCACACGGUCAAGACUUGGGGACGGCCGGCAGCUGCCUUCGUCGCUUCAGUACCAUGCCUUUUAUGUUCUGCAACAUCAAUAAUGUUUGCAACUUUGCUUCAAGAAAUGAUUAUUCUUAUUGGCUCUCCACUCCAGAACCUAUGCCAAUGAGCAUGGAGCCCCUGAAGGGCCAGAGCAUUCAGCCAUUCAUUAGUCGAUGUGCAGUAUGCGAAGCUCCAGCUGUGGUGAUUGCAGUUCACAGUCAGACCAUCCAGAUUCCCCGUUGUCCUCAGGGAUGGGAUUCUCUCUGGAUUGGUUAUUCCUUCAUGAUGCACACAAGUGCAGGAGCGGAGGGCUCAGGUCAAGCCCUGGCCUCCCCUGGUUCUUGCUUGGAAGAGUUUCGUUCAGCUCCCUUCAUUGAAUGUCAUGGGCGAGGUACCUGCAACUACUAUGCCAACUCCUACAGCUUUUGGCUGGCAACUGUAGAUAUGUCAGAUAUGUUCAGCAAACCUCAGUCAGAAACGCUGAAAGCAGGAGACUUGAGGACACGUAUUAGCCGAUGUCAAGUGUGCAUGAAGAGGACAUAACAUUUUGAAGAAUUCCUUGUGUGUUUUUAAAUGUGAUAUAUAUAUACAUAUAUAUAUAUAUAUAUAUAAAAUUCCCAGGAUGCAAUGUCUCACUCUCCCCAACUUUACUACUGCUGCCACCAAUGGUGCUACUAUAUAUGACCAAGAGAGCAUGCUGACUAGGAACCAUGAAGAUUCAGAUGUACCUCAGCAAUGUGCCAGAGAAAGGUGUCUAUUAUUUUUCUACGAAAGAAAUAAGGAAAUGAAUUUACUUUUUGGGUCCAGAAUGACUUUCUCCAAGGAUUAUAAGAUGAAGAUUAUAUAUUUUGCCCAGUAACUAAAAUGGCACGUUAAAAAUUCAAUUAAGAGAAGAAUCACAUUGAGUAAAAUAAAAGACUGCAGUUUGGGGGAAGAAUUAUUUUUCAUGGUGCUACUAAUCCUACUGUAUCCCAGGUUUUUAAUAUAAAAGUGUUAAGCUUAUUUUGCUCUGUAAGUAAAGAAUGUGUAUAUUGUGUAAACAGCCUUUUAGCUCAAAAUGUUCAGUCAUUUAGAUGUGAUCUGACAUGAGUCACUCUUUACAGAAAACUUAGGAAAACCUAGAAUACAGGCAGCAAGAUUUUAUAUCCAUGUUUAUUAAAAUGAGAGAAUUUGUAUUCUUGCAUCAAGUUACUACUGAGAGUAAAUUUAUUUUGAGUUUUACCCCCUAAGUUCUUAUUUGACUUUUAUAAAAACACGGGUCAUUUUUAGUCACUUUAAUCAGAAUUUUAAAUGUUCCUGUUACAUACCAAAUUAUAAUAUCCACUGGAGCAAUUUCUCUUUUGCUAUAUUCUCCAAGACACUCUUAACACUACAUGCCUCCUGUUUUAAUGUUUCUUACAUCUUGUUUUUGCUCAUCCCUGACUGGGCAAAAUUCUCCCAAAUGAUUGUGAGAAACAAAAACAUACCAAAAAAAAAUGACAAUUUUUCCCUGUGCUUCUUAUGUAAGAAUUAUUCUCCUCUGGUCUCUGCUUGUACAAGAACUGGGAAGCCAAUACUUGUUUAGUCUUCCCUCUUCAAUUACAAAGCCAAUUGAUGUUUCUUAUUCUUUUUUAUUUUAAACAUUUUGUUAUAAAUAGUCAUAGAAUACUUUAUUUCCCUAGCUGUCAUCUUCUCACUUCUUAAUGUUUUUUAACUCACCAAUAUCAAUUUAAUUAAAGAUAUCAUAUGUUGUAAGGAUGGUUUAUUGUGUAUGUUUUCAGCCUUUGUGUAAAAAUGUGCUCACUUACAGAUAGACUACACAUCUGCACAUCAACAAGUAGUCCCUUCUCAGAGAGUCAUUUAGAGCAGUUCUGAACCAAAAGAGGUUUCUGCAGACUUGGAUCACUCUGAUAGCUGAUAGAAAACACACAGCAGUGUACUUUUUCCAAUGAAGAAAACAACCCAUUUGAAGGUAUUUUUGAGAUAAUAAAUUUAUUAAAAACAUUGUGUUGAUGGCUGAGAAAGGAAGCAGAACUACUUUCUAUUUUGGGAAGAAUUCAUUAAUAAUGUUUAAAGCAGAUUAGUAAGUUAAUAUUCCUAAUGAUUAGGAAUGAAUACAUGUAGCUCUCUAAAAUAGCUGAGGACUUGCUAAAAGUAAGAGGUAUUAAAAGCGUCCAAAAUAAAAUUUGUGUUACAGCUAAAAUAUGAAACAACCAAAGUGAUUUUGAGAAUUUUAGACCCUAAUAUAAACCCAUGCAAAAUCUAAAGCUUAGAGUCUGUAGUGGUCAAAGUUAGGUUCUAUACAAUGGUAACUACCUAAUAAUAC